CAUCACUCACUCCCCACUCCCCCGCUCCGUCGAGUCCCCAGCCCCAAAAGCCCCGCCGCCGCCGCCGCCGCCGCCCCAUCUCCCGUCGAAACCUACCUAUUCCAGCGGCCAUCCCUUCCAAGCUAUGGAGAAUCCGGUGGAGGAGCCGAUGUCCAGGCUCACCCGCGACCUAAUCGCGGAGAUCCUCUCUCGCGUGCCCUAUAAAUCGCUCUGCAUCUGCAAGUGCGUCUGCCCGGCCUGGCGCGACCUCAUCGCCGACCCCGUCUACAGGAAGAAGAUUGUGCACUCCCUGACCGGCUUCUUCUACCGCAUCACCGAAGAAGCCGCGGCCUUCCCCGGCGUCAACUACGCCUACCUUUCCGCCUUCCCGUGGGCGAGCGUCCCCAAGACCCACCCGCGGCUGCCGCUGCCGCCCGACAGCACGGACCGCGUCAUGUCCGUCGAUGAUUCCUGCGAUGGACUGUUUCUUGCCCGCAUUUCUAUUGGGGCUGGCAAUUUUCGCUACAUGGUCUCCAAUCCAGCUACCGAGGACUGGUCACCCCCGGACCACCGGGGCAUACAAUUCCAGGUUGUGACACAAGUGAGGAUUUACUCUUCAAAAACUGGUGCGUGGGUAGCAAUGGAACCCAAAUGGGACAGCCAAGUUAGCCUGUGCUUUGGUCAGCCUAGAGUUUUCCGUAACGGAUGUUUGCACCUGAUAGGGCUAAGCUGCUUUGAUGCAGAUGUGUUCGGGUUGGCAAUAGUUGAUGCACAAGGGCUAAAAUGGAGGAUCGUCCCGCUGCCAGCUAACAGUUUCUCGGGUUUCAUUGGGAAGUCUCAUGGGCACCUAUUUUAUGUCGACUCGGACACAUCUUUGACUACUAUAUCCGUUUACACUCUUAGUGGUGAGAUUUAUAACUGGGGUGUGUGUCAUCAGGAUGACGACUGCAUCUACUGGAAAUUGUACAAGUGUUCAAAUGUAAUUCCAAAUAAGGAGUCUCUCGAAGUCAUUGGAGUACACCCACAUGCCAAUCUCAUCUUCAUAGCUCAUUCGAACAAUCAAGUGUUGGCAUACGAUUUGGAUCGUCAAGAAAGCACAGUUGUAUGUCACCUUGGCCAUACCUACCAUAGAUUUAUGCAAUUUUUCCCAUAUGUGCCGCUCUUGUCCUGCCUACCAUUGGAUGGAGGAAUACGGCUGGUAACUCCCAGUUGAUGAAUGUUCUGCUGAUUGAAAAUGGGAUGCCAUGAGCGAGGUGCUCUGUUGCGUUUUCAAGUGAACUCUUCACAAAGAUUCCAACGGAGAUGAUGUAUUGUUCGUAGAAAAUGCUACCUUUAGUUUCAGUUUGACCUGUGUUGGUUUUCAUUUCUAGUAUUUGUGUCGUUGGAUGUUUCCCUCAUGGAUGUGUUAGUCUGAGUUGUAGUAUACUCUAUGCCUUUUGAUGGGCAACAAGUAUGGCUGUAUGAGACAUUUCCGUGUGUACCUGUUUUGGCUAAGCCAGAAUUAUUUAUGUUCUAGUA